UGCUACAGUCAGUUGGAACAUUACAUAUCUUGUCUUUGCAGUCUAUUCAAUUGAAUAUAAGUUGAAAAGGAUUUGCAAAUCAUUGUAUUCUGUUUUUAUUUACCAUUUACACAACGUGCCAACUUCAUUGGUUUUGGAUUUUGUAAUUGCAUUAAGGAUAAAUUAAGACAUGAGGUCGUGCCCUUUUCUUUUAGGGGAGCAUUAAGCAGCAAACCUCCAUCCGUGUAGCCUCUCCUCCUUUCACGAUAGGCACCGUCUUCCCUGAGUGUAUCCUGUAUUGUCCAAUAGAGUGGCCAUUGAGGUUCCUGAUUGGCUUCACUGCAACAAAACAAAGCAUGGCUGGCUUCAGGACAUCUUUCUCUGUUUGCCUCUCCAGCUGUUCUGUCACUUCACCGACUUCUCCAACCUCCCCCUCGGCCUCCUGUGACCCCGCUGCUGCAAUGUCAAGUCACGCCGCCACGUGCAUGUCACAGCCUGCAGGGCCACUGAGAAUAAGAAGGUUGAAAGUUUUUCUGGAUGCAAAUCUAGAGGAGCAGAAAGACAAAAGGACGGAAAAUGGCAAAAAAGGCAGCAAAAAGAGCCCGAAUGGCGACUUCCCGGAGACACAAUCACGUGAGGAGGAAUCCACGGAGGAAGGGGACGACCCCUCCGCCGCAGACAGCCAGGACCCUCUGUCCUGUCUCAAGCGGGACGCCCCGGAACUGUUGAAAGAGCUGGGCCAGUCCAUCAACAAACACAAGUGGACGCCGGCGCAGCUCGGGGACAUUCUCAACUACACCUGGGCGGAGCUCCGUAGCGCCGAGCCGAAAAACGUGCAGGUGGCGCCCAAGCACAAGCCCAAGUCCUCUGGGAGAAUGAAGAAGUUGCAGAAGAAAGAGAAGCGAGCAAACGAAGCGAGAGCGUCCAGCAAUCCCAACCAGGCUAGAGACUCCAGCUCCACCCAAGAUCCAGGUGAAGGUUGUUUUGUUUCGCCUUUGACUCUGGGUGGAGAAAGUCCUUCGCUGGAUACGUGUCUAUGGGUGGUGGAGCGUCUGCAGGCCACCAGAAGUCCACAAAACCCGGAGGCCGCCGAGCAGGACCUGAACAUAUCCCCCAUCUUGCGUCACUACUCGGACGAAGCGGUGGAAGCGGAGGAAAAUAAAGGGGCGACCAAACCCGACGCACAGCCUGACGCCAACAAGGGCCCCGGGGCACCGGAGAGGACCAAGCGGGGCCCUCCGCGGAGGAAACUACAUUACAGGAUCAACGACGGAACCUCGUUCAUCUACUACCCAUCAGGCAACAUGGCGGUGUGUCACAGCCACUCCGGUCUGACCUCCGGAGGCUUCUACAGCAACGUCUUCACCGACAACAAGGCUCCCAUCGUCCUGUGCUCCAUCACCAUGUACGGCCACGGUCACGUCACACACCCUGUCAGUUCCGCCAUCACCGCCGUGUGGGACCAGCUGGGCGGGUUCAUCUGCGACCGCAACGGCAACAUGAAGCAGGAGUGGAGCUGGAAGUUGGACGAAGAGGUGCAGGAGAAGAUUGUUGUAAAGGUGUCGAAGGGAAUCUCCGUGCAGCUGCACAGCAGCACGUCGGCCGUGCUCUGCUUCAAGUGCGACAAGCAGAAAGUUCUGCUCCCGAUCACUGCCCUCCCUUACCUCGCCAAGGAGCCGGAGGCUGGCCUGUCACUCCUGGAUGGCGAAGGGAUGCCAGGGCGAUGGAGGAAAGAAUGUCUUGUGCUGAGCGAGCUGACGAAGAUCCACCAGAAAGCCCGAGACCUCCAGGACGCUUGGCUGAAAUUUUACCAAGUGGCCACCGGCAUCAAGCGGCGUAAGAAGAAGCGAAAGACCUCGUCCAAGACUAAGCGCAAAAAGCGUUCGUCCGCGGCGCCUGCAAAGAAAUCCGCGGAGAAGAAGAAGCCCGCUGCGCCCAAAGCGGUGGUCAAUGCGCAGCCCCAGGUGGCCACGACCAAACAGAAGCCCAAACAAAGACUGAGGCCGAGAAAUCGAGAAUCUCCUUCGAAGAACGCCAGGGCACCUGUGAAGCACGUACGGGAGUAUAAAGUCACACAAAUUGGAGCUCUUCGUAUCCAUGGAAACAUCAAACGAGAGUCAGUGAUCCUUCCAGGCGUUCCGGAUCCCCGCCUGGCCGCCUUGCCUCCUUGCCCCGCCCAGUCCUGCCUCCCCUCCUCCGUGCCCCUCACCGUGUGUCCGCUGCUGCUGAGGGCCGCCCUCCUCAGGGACCCCGGCGAGCCGAAGGAGCAGGCGCCCGUCCGGCGGUGCUUCUGCAGCCCGGCGCUGAUGCCCGUGCUGACGGACGCCGAGUACGACGCCUUCAUCAUGGGCCAGCCCAAGCACAGCCAGCAGAUCCUCAUCGUGUACGUGACGCUGCCCGUCAACUGGGAGGAGCCCGGGGAGAAGGACGCCAUGGCGAGGGACGCCAUGCAGCGGCUGUACCGGCGCAGCAACGUGAACAGAGCCAUGCCGUGCACUCAGUGCCAGAUGGACUCCUUUCGCCUGGUGAGGUACGAAGUGUCAACGGGAGCGCUGGGCUGUCCCAUUGACAACAUCCUGCUGCAGCAUCGCAACAACGUCGCCGCCGGCAUGAUCCUGAUGUACAUCCGAGGAACGCUGAUGUUUUUGGGCUACGUGUCCAGCGGUAGCAGCCUCUCCACCGUGGACCUCCAGAAGCAAAUACUGAGAACCAGGGAGGACUACAGGUGUGGCGUGAGCCUCCCUCCAGAUUACAAAUUCAGCGAAAGGCCAAAGGUCGCGGCGGCUCCCCCCGACGCAAAAAAGGCCGACUGUCCGUCGCCGACGGGGAAGAACGACGUGGCUUUGACUCUGUCGGCGGAGAAGGAGUGUCCGCCUGACACGUGCGUACUGAAGGAGACGAGUUGAUGUCCAAAGUGUGACAUCACAAACGGCGUUCUGUUUAAUCCCAGCUGUGGGAAUUACCCUUCCCCCUCGCUCAGGAGGAAGAGAUGAUAUAGAUGUGAUGGUCCAGAUAUGAGAUACUCCUUUGUUUGACCUCAUCGUUUCACUUUCUGUUCUCUAUCAAACCACCCUGAUGACCGAGUGUUACUCCCUCAGCCUUGCAGUAAAUAAUAGAUCAGCUCCAUUUGUCAUUUCCUUAAAGGGCUUUAAAAGUAGCAAAUAGGACGUAGAAUGUGCGUUCAUUCUUGUGGAUAUCAAUACAAACCCCAAAAGCAGUGAAGUUGUCACGUUGUGUAAAUGGUAAAUAAAAACAGAAUACAAUGAUUUGAUAAUCCUGCACCAAUUUCCUCAGAAAUUUCAACAAACUUCAGUGUUUUGUCCAGAGGAUUAGUUGUGAUUUGUACGUUUUUCAG